AUGUCGAGCGCCAACAAGCAGAAAGGCAAAAACGAAGCCGACCUAGUGGACAAACUAAACUACAAAAACUUAAGCGAUGUAACGCUUCACGAGCUGACGUGUCUUAAGGCAAAUCGACAAGUGUACUUAAAAAGAGGAGGCACAUUUUUUUUGAGUUCCCGAGAAGAAGCCCUUUCCGUGCUGAAGGCGAAGAGUCAAAACGAGGAGAAGAGUACGCAAAUCCACACAAGAGUUAUCCACCCCGGUGAGAAAAUCUCUAACGGGAAGAGAGUCUCCCAUGUGAAGCAUCUCCUCCUCCAACAGACUCACUAA